AUGCGGUCACACUGGUUCGCGGACACAACAAGAUGGCGAGACUUGCCCCCGAAAUCUGUUAGAAAACGUCACAAGAGCAGACAAUUUAUUGAGUUUUCGCCUAGAUAGGAGUUUGCCGAAGUGCCGGGCAGCCGCGGCGCAUUUUGCAGUGUGUGUGCUUGGUUGGCGUGGCCAGAGAGCCGUUACAGGCGAUACCUUCUGCUGGCCUUGUCUUGUCGUUGCUGUGCCAGUGUGUGCGGCUGUGUGAGUGCGGUGCGAGUGUGUACGUGAGCUGCCAAGAAUCGCAAGAUUUCCAAAAUGAUGAGCAACUACGGGAACAUGAUGGACUCCCCGAAGUCCUCUCCCCAUGGCGGCGGCCGAUCCCCCGUAGUCGCACGCCAGGACUCUUCCGGUACCUUGAAAACAACUAUAUCGCUGGGUAAGACGCCCACGAUCAUUCACACCGGGCCGUUCUACUCGAUGAAGGAACCGCCUGCUAAGGCGGAACUCACAGGCGACAAGGAUCUCAUGACCGAAUACGGACUGCACCACACACUCACAAAGUUCAAGGAGAAGAAGUUUAAAGAGUCGCUGGCCUCGUUUCUGCAGAACAUCCCCGGCAUCAACGACCUUAUCACGCAUCCCGUCGAGAACAGCACGCUGCGGAGCGUAAUCGAAAAACCGCCCAUUGGUGGCAAGGAGCUACUCCCACUGACCCCCGUGCAGCUGGCCGGGUUCCGCCUGCAUCCUGGACCGCUACCGGAACAGUAUCGAACCACAUAUGUCACACCUGCGAGAAAACACAAAAACAAACAUAAAAAGCACAAACACAAAGACGGCGUGACCACGGGACAGGAAUCCACUAUGCUGGAUUCGGCCGGCCUGGAGACUUACGAGAAGAAGCACAAGAAACAGAAGCGCCAUGAGGACGAUAAGGAACGCAAGAAGCGCAAAAAAGAGAAAAAACGAAAAAAGAAGAACCAGAGUCCUGAGCCGGGCGUGGGUUUACUUCCCGGUGGAGCUGGCUUGGGCGGAGCAGCAGGUGUUAUGGGCGCCACCAGUCUGGGAUCGCUUGGCGGCGGUCCUGGACCUGGAUUGUCCAGUCUAGGGGCCAGCAUGGGACCAGGCGUUGUUGGCGGCAUGAAUAGUUUCUCCUCGUCGAUGCAGAUGCAGCAGCAGAUGCCCAUGCAACAACAGCAGAUGUCGAGCGGAGGUCUUCUUGGGUCUGUGUUGGGCACAAGUGGUGGCCCAGGGGGUGGCGGCGGUGGGGGAGGCGGGGGCGUGGGGAGCGGCGGCGGUGGAAACAGCCUGCUAAUGUCGCAGUUCUAGGCAGGAUCCUUUAGCAAAAUAGACUUGGCUCAUUACCUCUUAUCAGCAGACGCACCCCCGAUGGCAACACAAAAAACCAACAAAAAAAACGCAGACGGACCUGAAGCGGUUCUCUAAAUGCAAUUUUCUCGAUAACGUUUCGUGUACUAGUUUUUAAUUUAUCAUUAUCGUAACUGUAAAAUAGUUUAUUUCUGUAAUUAGCCAACAAUUUUCGUUCUUUCGCGCUAGCUUAAUGAGAUUUAUUUAAACGCAAGUUAUGGUACAAAACGCAAAACGUUUUCGCUCUCGAUUCCAGCUCUUCCCUUUACAUACACACACCCACAACCAGCCCUCGCCACGCCCCAAAACGCCUGCUUUUUUGCACCCUUUUUAAUUUGUCCAUCAACCUUGUAAUAUGUAGGGUCAGUAUUUCAAAUAUUUUUCUGCAAUGGUUUGUUCUUCCAGCAAGUUUUAAAACACAAAAGAAAGCUGAGAUUCAACAAAAUAAAAAUGCCUGUACUAUAAGUAAUUAAUUUUAGUGAUUAGGCGCAUAAAACAAUAAUAAACAAGCAUACAAAUGAUCAACGUGUCAGUUAA